AUGAGAGACCACCCUUUUGAUGACGACCAUGGCAAACGAAAUAAGGACUAUGAUUUGAGGGCAUGCACCUGGAAUGUCCGGUCCCUUAAUUGGGAAGGUGCCGCUGCCCAGCUGGUAGAUGUCCUCGUAAAGAUAAAAGCUGACAUCACCGCCGUCCAAGAAAUGCGAUGGACGGGACAAGGACAGAGACGAGUAGGUCCUUGUGACAUUUACUACAGUGGCCAUAUAAAGGAGCACAAGUUUGGUGUGGGAUUCGUGGUGGGAGAGAGACUCCGUCGCCGAGUACUAUCAUUCACUCCGGUGAAUGAACGUCUAGCCACAAUCCGCAUCAAAGCGAGGUUCUUCAACAUAUCGCUGAUUUGCGCCCACGCCCCGACGGAAGAGAAGGACGAUGUGACCAAAGUUGCUUUUUAUGAGUGCUUGGAGCGCACUUAUGAGAGAUGCCCCCUCCACGAUGUUAAAAUCGCGCUUGGCGACUUUAACGCCAGGGUGGGCAAAGAAGGUAUCUUUGGCACUACGGUCGGUAAAUUCAGCCUCCACGAGGAAACAUCCCCAAAUGGGUUGAGGCUGAUCGACUUCACCGGGGCCCGAAAUAUGGUUAUCUGUAGUACUAGAUUCCAGCAUAAGAAGAUACAUCAAGCUACCUGGCUGUCUCCAGAUCGAAAAACCACCAACCAGAUCGAUCAUGUUGUGAUAGACGGAAGACACGUCUCCAGUGUUUUAGAUGUGCGUGCGCUCCGAGGUCCUAACAUCGACUCGGACCACUAUAUUGUUGCAGCCAAAAUUCGCACCAGCCUCUGUGCAGCAACAAACGCACGCCAACAAACACAAGGAAGGUUCGACGUCGAGAAGCUGCAAUCACAACAGACAGCCGAAAGAUUUUCUACUCGGCUUGCACUCCUACUCUCUGAGAGCACUCGUCAACAACUCGGUAUAAGGGAACUGUUGGACGGCAUUUCAAACUCCUUGCGUACAGCUGCAACCGAAACCAUUGGUCUUCGGAAAGUGCAAAAGAACAGCUGGUACGACGAGGAGUGCCGUGUCGCAGCGGAGAGAAAACAGGCUGCCUACCUCGCAACGUUACGAUCGACCACAACACGUGCGGGAUGGGAUAGAUACCGAGAGUUGCAGACAGAAGAAGAAAGAGGCCGAAAUGCGUGAGUACAAACAGCUUGAUAAGCUGGCCGACAGGGGUAAUGCUCGAAAAUUCUACGAAAAAAUGCGGCGGCUUACAGAAGGUUUCAAGACCGGAGCAUACUCUUGUAGAACCCCCAAAGGUGAUCUAGCCACCGAUGCCCAGAGCAUACUUAGACUAUGGAGGGAACACUUCUCCAGCCUGCUGAAUGGCAGUGAACACAUAACACCAGAAGAAGGCGAACCCGAUACCCCAAUCGAUGACGAUGGAGCAGACGUUCCAUUACCCGGCCAUGAAGAAGUUCGAAUAGCAAUUGCCCGCCUGAAGAACAACAAAGCGGCAGGGGCCGACGGAUUGCCGGCCGAGCUAUUCAAACACGGCGGCGAAGAGCUGAUAAGGAGCAUGCGUCAGCUUCUUUGUAAAAUAUGGUCGGACGAAAGCAUGCCCAACGAUUGGAAUCUAAGUGUGCUCUGCCCAAUCCAUAAAAAAGGAGACCCCACAAUCUGCGCCAACUACCGUGGGAUUAGCCUCCUCAACAUUGCAUAUAUGGUUCUAUCGAGCGUAUUGUGUGAAAGAUUAAAGCCCACCGUCAACAAACUGAUUGGACUUUAUCAAAGUGGCUUUAGACCUGGAAAAUCAAAAGCCAAACCAAAAACCAAAAGCUUCGUCAGGAUCGGGAAAGACCACUCUGAGCCAUUCGAUACCAAACGAGGUUUCAGACAAGGCGCUGAUUGGAUGGCUCGGAGAGGUUCUUUUUGAUCCUGACGGAGUUUUUGAUGUUACUCAACGUCAGUUUACACAGUCGUAUUAGGUUAUCAAAUUCAGACUCCCUAUCGUGCGACUUCUUCAAUCUGCUGCUGGAGAAAAUAAUUCGAG